AUGCUCUUCAUCACCCACCGGCCGGGUCAGAGCCCGUCAUCCACUGAGAAACUUAGCUGGCGGCGUCGCCUCCUGCACGCCCUCGUCGAGUUGCGGUUCCAGGAGAACGAGGAGGCGUCCAGGCUACGGUUCGAGCCGUCCAUACCAGAGUUCGAGGUCAGGCAGGCUGUUCCCAGUACGCGCUCCUGCACGGCGCCGUCCCAACUGUUUGCCGACGCAGCUAAGAGCCCCGUGCUCCGUUGA